AAAAAAAUUUUGACAGUCAGUUUUUAAUAUUUGGUUGGUGAAUGUUGAGCGGCGGUGGUUUCGUAAAAAUGUGUUAAGAAUUUAUGAAGUGUUGCGGAAUUCUAAAUAAGACAGCUAUUUUAUGAGUGCCUAUGAAGAAACAGAUACAGCGACGGUGUCGCUUUUGACGGGAGUCGAGGUUGGAACGAAAGCUGCCGGGACUGCAACCCCAAAAUUAUCUGGAGUAUUAAGAACUCGUUCCCAAGUAAGAGGUGGCCUUGUUACAAAGCGCAAGAAAAUGUCUCGCCGGGCGAAUUUGAUAGGAAUUUGUGGCAUAAGUUGCUUAUGUAUUUUGCUACUGGUCGCUACCACACAACACAGACCCUUGCCAUCCUCGCUUUCUUCAUCGUCAAUAGGUUCAGUAGGCAAUGUGGACAACGGUGGGAACACAGUAUUAAAUGCACAAUCUGGAGGAGUCUACUCGACAGGUAACGGCAAUGGUCAAACAUUUGGUAGCAUAUCAACAAUAGCAGAAGUUGUUGCCCAACAAAGAGCGAAAAUUGCACAAGAAAUGGAAAACUUUGAGUACCCUGCGGGGCGUUUCGGCGUUGACGCCGAAAAGUUAUCUGAUCUGACCCCGGAAACAGAAGGAGUGCCUGUUCGAAGUAUGGUGCUUACCACAUGGCGAAGUGGAUCGACAUUUUUAGGAGAUAUUCUCAAUGCAAUGCCUGGAAACUAUUAUCACUACGAGCCUUUAUUACACAUUGGUAUUAAGCAAGUACGUACCCCAGAAGAAGAGGAGGAAGCCAUUAAACACCUCAAAAGUCUGUUCUACUGUGAUUACUACGACAUGGAGGAAUACUUGAGCUAUGGAAAGAAAAAUGUACAUUUAUUUCAACACAACAAAAGACUGUGGCAGUUAUGCAAGGAAUAUCCCCAUUACUGCUGGCGGCCCAAAUUUCUAACUCCAAUAUGCAAAUUAUUCCCCUUACAAAGUAUGAAGACCGUCAGACUACGUUUAAGUACAGCGGAGAAGUUGCUGGAAGAUAAAAGUUUAAACAUACAUAUUAUAUUGUUGGUGCGUGACCCCAGAGGAACAAUGCAGUCUAGACGUCAUCGUACGUGGUGUUACGAUAAUCCAGAUUGUGAUCAACCACAAAUUUUAUGCAAAGAUUUGGAAGACGACUAUCAUGCUGCUGAAGUACUUCUAAAAAAAUAUCCAUCUAGAUUCAGGACUAUAAGGUAUGAAGAUCUUUCGUUAGACCCCUAUGAAAUGAGCCAAGAGUUGCUGCAGUUUUAUGGCCUACCUUUUGACCCCUUGGUUGAAGAGUUUUUGGAUACUCAUACUAAAGUUAAUAUUGGCGGUGUAAGUUCCACAUUCCGCGAUUCUAAAUCGGCUCCAUUCCAUUGGAUACAAGACUUAACUCAGGCAGAUAUUAAACACAUACAAAACUCAUGCACCAAAGCAAUGGAUUUGUGGGGUUAUCGACGUAUAAGCAAUUUUACCGACUAUGCACGCAAUUUUGAUCCCAUAAUAUUGCCGCCUCCAUUUACGUGAGAUGUUUAUCAUGCCCAGGGUUGACAACCUCAAGAAGUGAAUUUUCUUAGUUUCGUAAAAAUACACACAAUGCUUAACCUAAAAAGUCUAGUUCGCCUGGCUAUCGAGAAUUUUUUUUGCUUGUGUUUUAAACAUAAAAAUAACAAAAGCAAACUGCUGAGCAUUAUCAAGAAUAUGCUCAUUUAUUCAUAUACAUAAUCAUGUGUGUGAAUGUUUUCUUGUAUGUAAAUGAUGCCACAAUGGCAUACAAUAAUUUAAAUAUAAGGAACAAAAACGAUUUUAUCGACAUUAAAAUACAACAAAUGCUGAAAUGUUAAUACAUAAUAACUUUGUGCAAUGCGAAAUAAUACUAAAAUAGUAGAAAAUUUUCUAAUUUUAAGUAAUAAUUAAGUCCAUUCGAUAUUAAUUUAUAGUAUAAUGUUAAAAACAAUUUUACCAAUAAGCAAGCUUAAUUUAGAUAAUUUUAGACAUGUAUAGCAUAACAAUACUAUCACGUAUUUUACACUGCAUCAAUGUUACGUUUAAGGCUGUACUUCUCGUUAAAAUUUAAAUGUACAUAUGCGUUUCAUAUCACGAAAGCGAAACAUUUUAAUUGUUCGUUUACUCUUUUGUAAUACAAUACACUCACCCAAAAUACAUAUAUCUGGGUCAAUGUUCCACUUUUGCAAUAUUUAUACUUCACAUAAUCUACAAACACACAUUUAGUUUUUUAAAAAUGACAAAUAUUUAUAUUUUAACGUUAACUACGUAAUAAAAUUAAAAAAUCAAGCAAAGCAAUAGCAAUCCACGAAUCAAUUUCAAUAGAAUUUAUAGUAAAAAAUAAAAAAAAAUUGAAUCAAUUA